CACACCCACAGAACAGACGGUAUAAAAAGAAGGAGUCAUCAGGGAUUUUCAUCAAGCACCUUGAUCUUCUCAGCAGAAAACUUCUUCAUCUUCAUACCAAAGGUUUCUUAAUUUUGCCUUAGUGAAAAUGGCAAAAUAUGAAGUGAAAGUGUUCACUGGGAGUUCUGUAUAUGCUCCCACCUUUAACGAUGUCUACAUUAAGCUGGUGGGCACACAAGGAGAGAGCAAACGCUCUUGGCUCAAAAGCCUAUUGUCUUCUGUAAACGUCAUGGGAAGCAAGGUGAACACUCUAGACGUCCACUGCCCUACAUCCCUUGGAGAAUUGAUUCUGAUAGAAAUAGACAAAAAGCCUCAACGAAUCUUCCCAGAAGACGAUUGGUUCCCUGCUAAGGCAGAAGUGAAAUCCCCUGAGGGAAACACCUACUUCUUUCCCAUCUACCGCUGGAUUGAUGACAGUGAGGUGCACCGCUUCAGAGUGGGAAAAGCUCUGUUGGGCUAUGAAGAGAUCCAUUCUCUUGGCAAGUACGACAGGCAGCAGGAGCUCAAGAUCCGAGCAGAAGAAUAUUGCUGGGACAGUUUUGAAGAUGGACUUCCUUACUGCAUUAAGGCAGAUUCCACUGAUUCCUUGCCUUCUGAAGUUCAGUUCUCCUUCACCAAGGACUCAGAGUUUAAAUUAACUGCAGCCUAUGGACAGGCUCAGCUGAAGUUGAGCCAACUGGUCUAUUGCCGUGAAAAGUGGACUUGUUUUGAUGACAUCCAUCGGAUAAUCAGCAAUGCAACUGAAAUAUCAGAAUAUGUGCAGAAACACUGGAAGGAGGACACGUUCUUUGGCUACCAGUAUCUAAAUGGUGUCAACCCCAUGUUGAUCAGACGCUGCAGAGUCCUGCCUGAUAACUUUCCUGUCCCUGAAGCCAUGGACUUUGGCGAGGGUAGCUUGGCAGAACAAAUGAAGAAAGGCAAUAUAUACCUGUGUGACUACAAGCGUUUGGACGGCGUGAAAGCAAGAAUGAUUGAUGGGGAACAGCAGUACUUGAUGGCUCCCCUCGUCCUCCUCUUCAAAAGACAGGAUGACACGUUGGUGCCCAUCGCUAUUCAGCUGAAGCAGACGCCAGGAGAGGACAAUCCAAUCUUUUAUCCUUCUGAUUCUGAGUACGACUGGUUACUGGCCAAGACUUUUGUGAGAAGUGCCGAGUUCACUGAGCAUCAACUCAACACUCACCUGCUGCGCACUCACCUGCUGGCUGAGGUUUUUGCAGUGUCACUUCUGCGCAACAUGCCAAUGGUGCAUCCACUGUACAAGCUCCUCGUGCCUUACACUCGCUACACCAUGCAUAUCAACCUGCUAGCUCGGAAACUUCUCAUUUCUAAGGAGGGAGUUUUCACAAAGUACGCAGCCUCUGGUUGCAAGGAGACUAAGAAGACGAUCCUGAGUAGAUCACUGACCUCAGUGACCUACAGCUCCCUCUGUAUACCAGAUGACAUUGCUGAGCGUGGACUGGGAGACAUUCCAAACUUCUACUACAGGGAUGACGGACUCCAGCUCUGGGAUAUCAUCUUCAGGUUUGUGAAAGGAGUUCUCAGCUCCUACUACAAGGAUGAUGCUGCGGUCCAGAAAGACUCAGAGCUGCAGAAGUGGAUUGGAGACAUUUUUAAAUAUGGGUUCCUUUCUCAGGCAAGCUCAGGAAUCCCACGUCAAUUUGAUGCAGUGGACGACCUCGUCAAGUUUGUCACCAUGGUGAUGUUUACUUGCUCAUGCCAGCAUGGGGCUGUGAACACUGGACAGUACGACUAUGGGGCCUGGAUGCCCAACAGUCCCACCUCCCUGCAACUUCCUCCACCAACCACAAAGGGUACAACCAGUGAGGCCACUCUGCUGGAAACAUUGCCUGAUGUCAACACCACAGUUCAUGGCAUGGCGGUCAUGUGGCUACUCAGUCAGCAGUCUAGUGACUUUGUCCCACUGGGUCAGUACCCACAAGAACAUUUCUUUGAAGAGACUCCCUGCAAACUGAUAACGGAAUUCCAGGGAGAACUUAAGAAAUUAAGUGCAGCCAUUGAGGUCAGAAACCAGAGUCUGGAUGUCAAAUACACAUACUUGGACCCAGCUAAGUUAGAAAAUAGUGUUGCCAUUUGAGUGACUUGCUCAGCAUUUGCUCAAAUUCACCAUCAUGAUUAAAACAGGGGAGAGGGUAAAGAGUGCAUGUGCUAUUUUUAAGUAACAAUAGAGUACAACGAAACUACUACAUUCGUUGAAUAAUAUGGUGACAAAUGAGUGGGCAUUUUAUGAAAACAAUAUUAAUAUUAAGCUUUGAUGCUGCUUCAUUAUUAUUCCGGCAAGCUGUACUCUAAGAGGCUCUAACCGUUCAUAAUAAUAGUUUAAAACACUUUAACACAGAUCCUAUUGAUCCUCAGUGUCACUAUUCUGACUUAGGAAAAUUGAUAUAUUGACAAUAUUUUUUCUGGAUCAAAACAAAUGUGUAAUUGAAACAACUAUUGCAGCAUGUGUGAAUUGUAUGUAACAAAGGAGUUAUGCACAUUUGUAUCCUGUGUGUGUGGUUUUAAUGCUUUAGGGAUGAAAACAUGGUUGAUCUUCUGUUUUUGUUUUGUUAAUCACAACAAAGCCUUAAUAAAGAGAAUGCAAAGCAA